AUGCGUCCUGCUCCCUCCAGAGAGGAGAGCGUGAGCGCCCUCGUCUCCUGCUUGACUCGGCGAGCCCUCGAGUGGGCCAACGCAGUGUGGAAUGGUCCGGACUCGGCGAGGGAUAAUUACCCAGAGUUCACCCGCCGAUUCCGAGCUGUGUUUGACCAUCCACCAGAGGGUCGGGCGGCGGGUGAACAGCUGUUCCACCUGCGUCAGGAGAUGAGGAGCGUACUGGACUUUGCUCUGGAGUUCAGGACCUUGGCCGCAGGAGCAGGGUGGAACGACAGGGCCUUGAUAGAUAAUUUCAGAUGCAGUCUCAGGGAGGACGUCCGCAGGGAGCUGGCAUGUCGGGACACCACCUUCACCCUGGAUGAACUCAUUGACUUGGCUAUCCGUCUCGACAACCUGCUGGCUGCCCGUGGGCGUUCGGAUCAGGAAGAGAAAGAGGAGGGUGUAGUGUUUGGAGUGAAGAAGGAAGGAAAGGAGGAGACGGAAGGAGAGAGAUGUGACCUCCGUGGAUUCUCUGGGGAGCCUCAACAACAUCAUGAACCUGACGAGGCAGAGAAGAGUCUCUUCACAUCAGAACACCACAAGAAACACCAUCAGAGACCCACAGGAAAGAAACCUCACUGCUGCUCUGACUGUGGGAAACGUUUCAAAUCUUCAUCAGAAUUGAAAAAACACCAGCGAUUACACACAGGAGAGAAGCCUUAUAGCUGUAAUCAAUGUGGGAAGAGUUUUACUCAGUCAAGCCACCUGGUAUCACACAAGAGAACACACACAGGAGAGAAGCCUUAUAGCUGUGAUCAGUGUGGCAAGAGUUUUACUCAGUCAAGUAGCCUGGUAUCACACCAGAGAACACACACAGGAGAGCAGCCAUAUAGCUGUGAUCAGUGUGGCAAGGGUUUUACUCUGUCAACCAACCUGGUAUCACACCAGAGAACACAUACAGGACAUCAGCCAUAUAGCUGUGAUGUAUGUGCAGACAGUUUUACUACAUCAAGCCAGCUGGUAGUACACCAGCGAGUACACACAGGAGAGAAACCUUAUAGCUGUAAUCAGUGUGGGAAGAGUUUUACUCAGUCAAACAGCCUGAAAUCACACCAGAGAACACACACGGGAGAGAAACCUUAUAGCUGUGAUCAAUGUGACAAGAGAUACUCUCAUUCAAGUAGUCUGAUUAAACAUCAGAAAAUACACGCUGGAGAUCCACGGAGUGUGGAAUGAUCUCCAACACCAGACCUGGAUAGCAGAACACAGAGUGUAGAAUGAUCUCCAACACCAGACCUAUAUACAGUUGAAGUCAUAAGUUUACAUACACCUUA